UCGAGGUUAGGCGGAUGCUGCUCUCCGGUCACUCCCACCGUGGGAGGACGGAGUCACUGCCGCCGGAUAGUCCCCCUCAGCUGGGAGGGGCAGCAGAGCUCUCUGAAGUUGCUUUACUUGGGGAAACGAUCGAGCACGUUAGCUUUAUAACAGUUUUCUUUCUAGGUGCUGUACUCUCAAGGAUGUUGGGUGUGGCUGGAAUGCCUGGCAGCAUUGCUAAUGCCCUGGCCAGUGCAGCCUGCGAGCGAUGCAAGAGCGGCUUCGCUCCGACUGAGAAGAUUGUCAACAGUAAUGGAGAGCUUUACCAUGAGCAGUGCUUCGUGUGUGCCCAGUGUUUCCAGCAGUUUCCAGAGGGGCU